AUGCCUCCCCACUACGAGGAUAGCAUCGACAAGGCUGGUCCUGGUGACAAGGUCGGCGCACCUGAGCUGGAGAAGACGGCCACACUCGAAGAGGGAGAGGCCAAGUUCAAGAAGUUGGGAUGGAAGCGUCUGACUAUCUGUUUGAUUGUUGAGGCCAUUGCUCUCGGUGCUCUAUCCGUUCCUGCUGCUUUCGCUGCCGUCGGCAUGGUUGCUGGUGUUAUUCUUUCGGUCGGCAUUGGUUUGCUCGCCAUUUACACGAGUUACGUCGUCGGACAGGUCAAGAUCAAGUUCCCCCAAGUCGAGCACUACUCGGAUGCCGUUGGUCUCAUGUUCGGUCGCAUCGGAAUGGAAGUCGUUGGUGCCAUGUUCACUCUCCAUCUGAUCCUGCUCUCGGCUUCGCACACUCUGACUGGCACCAUCGCCUGGAUCCGCAUUGUCGACGACCCGACUGUCUGCGCCCUUGUUUGGUCCGCCAUUUCUGCUAUUCUCCUGUUCAUCUUGGCCAUUCCUCCCACUUUCGCGGAGUUCGCCAUCCUGGGUUACAUUGAUUUUGCUUCCAUCAUUGGUGCCAUUGGUAUCACCAUCAUUGCUACUGGUAUUCAAGCAAGCGAUUCCGUCGGUGGCCUUUCUGCUGUUUCAUGGAGCGCCUGGCCUCCGGAGGACAUGACCUUUUCAUCUGCUUUCCUCGCAGUCACCAACAUCGUCUUUGCCUACUCCUUCGCCAUUUGCCAGUUCUCCUUCAUGGCUGAGCUCCACACUCCCAAGGAUUACGUAAAGUCCAUCUGGGCUCUUGGUAUCAUUGAGAUCAUCAUUUACACCGUCACUGGUGCUCUCAUCUACGCUUUCGUUGGUACCAACGUUGCCAGUCCCGCCCUUCUCUCUGGCAGCCACAUCAUCACUCGUGUUGCCUUCGGUGUCGCACUUCCCGUCAUCUUCAUUUCGGGAUCCAUCAAUGCAACCGUCGUUGGCCGCUACCUGAUUGGUCGCAUCUUCAAGAACUCGCCUAUCCGCUACACCAACACCAAGCAAGGCUGGGCUGUCUGGAUCUUUGUGCUUAUCGCUCAAAUCGUCCUUGCCUGGGUCAUUGCCGAAGCUAUUCCCUUCUUCAGCGACCUUCUCGGGAUCACCUCCGCCCUGUUCAUCUCAGGCUUCUCAUUCUACUUCCCCGCCCUCUUCUGGUUCCUGCUCAUCAAGGAGGGCAAGUGGAACGCCAGCAAAAAGAACAUUGCACUGUUUGCUCUCAACGCACUUUGCUUUGUCAUUGGUUUGACUAUCCUUGGAUGCGGUACCUACGCCAGUGUCAAGGAUAUUGUCGAUUCCUACGACUCCGGCAAUGUCAGGUCCCCUUUCACUUGCUCUCAGGAGGCUUAUGCUUAA